CAAUGGAGACUUUCUCUCACUCUUCUUACCCAGACUCCCGCGAAACCGAAGACAUUCAUUCAUCAGACGACCCGCUGUCAACCUACAAAGUCAAAUUAAUGUGUAGUGAUGGUGGGAAAAUCCAACCAAGACUCCACGAUAACCAACUCGCUUACAUCGGAGACGACACGAAAAUCCUAUCCGUCGAUCACGGUAUCAAGUUUUCUGGGAUGGUGCAUAAACUCGCGUCUCUUUGUGGUGGGGCCACUGAUAUCUUUUUUAAGUAUCAACUUCCUGGUGAAGAUGUUGAUGCUUUGAAUUCCGUUACAAAUGACGAGGAUCUUGAGCACAUGAUGAUUGAAUUCGACCGGUUGCACCGGGCUUCCGCUAAGGCCGCGAAGUUACGGUUAUUUCUGUUUAGUUUGAAAAGUUUCGUUCCGAGUGAAGUGAAAUCGGAGAGGCAGUUGUUUGUGGAUGCUUUAGAUUCUGUAAGUGUGCAGAGUCUAGAAUCUUCUUUACCAUCCGCCAAGGCGGCUGUUUCAGCGGAGAAUCCGGAUUUUGUUCGAACUGGAUAAUAAUACGGUUGUUCCAGGAACAAAAUUUGUGGAUACUCCACCUUCGCAGCCUACUGUGCCGGAGGUUGUUGUGAAAGAUGUUUCUGCUGGCUCGGAAUGUGGAUCAGAGGAUAGGAAUUUGAUUGGAGAUGCCUCUGAGGCGUUUAAACAACAGACUCUGGAUUUGAAGAGACUGCACAUUGCUGGUAAUAACUAGCAACGGAAAUCUGACGAGGCCAGCUCUAGAGGUUUCCUUGGUGAACAUUAUGCACAGAAACUUCCGGAGAAAAUGACUCCGGUGCCGCCUGCUCCAGUUCCGGUUGGAGCUGUAAUUCCAGCCGUAAACUUACACGAAGGGCAUGUGAGUUCAAAUGGUUAUCCCAUGACUUAUGUUGGAAUUGAGCAGCCAGUUUAUUUACUUCAAGCACCAGCAUUGAGACCGGUUACUGGACAAGUUGGUAAAGGUUAUUAUGGAGUGCAGAGAGUUGUGCAGGAGGUUUACAGUCAUGUCCAGCAACCGGCGGCUGGCUCAAUUCAACUACAAAAGACGACGAAAGCUGGUGGAUUGGUGCAGCCAAAAGUCGGAGUGGCUGAGCGAGGGUAUCUGCAGGCUGGUUAAGAUAGUGCAGGGAGACAGGUGUAUUAUACAACUCCGUAUCAGGCAGCUCCAGGGGCAACCAUUGGAGCUGUAGACUGUAGGCAAGGUGGCGGUGUGGUGAAUCAGGAUGGAGAGGUUGCUAAUGGUAAUGUUACGACUCCGCAGAAUUAAUGUGUGUGAUUUUGGGUUAGAAAUGAUUGAUUGGUUGGAUUCAUUAGUUUAUUAAUUUUUUUAUUUUAUUUUAAUAUGGUUUAGAUCGAAUGUGAAAAUACCAAAUCUUUGGAACUGUUUUUGAGAGGGUUGUCUGGCACCGUUUAUUUAUAAUUAAAUUUGCAUUCAGUGGUAGAAAUUAACAUUUUCCUCUUGCACAAAAUCUUUGGCACUUGGCAGAUGGAAGAUUCAGCAUUUCUUCUCAUA